AUAGGACUCGAUUGGUUUGAGGCCUUGGGAAUACAAGUCACAGGGCUCAACAGCCUGCAAACAGUAGGUCUACAAGAAGUCUGCAAAGAGUUUGCAGAUGUCUUCAGCCCACAGUUGGGUACAUACAAAGGACCCCCAGUUUCUUUAAAAUUAGACCCCACUGUCACUCCUAUCAGAGUAAAAGCAAGGAGAGUACAUUUUGCUUUAAAAGGGAAAAUUGAUGCUGAAUUGGACAAAUUUAUUCAGCAAGGAGUCUUAGAACCUGUUGACUCCAGUCCUUGGGAAACUCCCAUAGUCACACCUCUUAAGGCUAACGGGGACAUUCGCAUCUGUGCAGAUUACAAAUGCACUCUAAACAAGGCAUUGCAACAGCAUGCAUACCCUGUACCUGUAGUCAGUCAUAUUCUGGCCUCCCUCAAGGGGGGGCGGGUUUUUGCUAAGCUAGAUUUAGUGCAGGCUUAUCAACAGUUACCUGUUGAUGAAGCUGCUGCUGUAGCACAAACCAUUGUAACACACAGAGGGGCAUUCAAAGUCAAAAGACUACAAUUUGGAGUAAAUGUGGCUCCUGGAAUUUUCCAAAGCAUAAUGGAAAAUACCUUGAGGGGUAUACCAGGGGUUUGCCCCUAUUUUGAUGAUGUCUUAAUAGCUGGAGACUCCACUCAAAAUUUAGCUGAGAGAUUGAGUGACCAUAAGCCUAUGUUGGGGUUGUUUACUACAAACAAGCAAACCCCCCAUAUCAUAUCCCCUAGGAUGCUAAGAUGGUCCAUCUUUCUGUCAGCCUAUGAUUUUUCUUUAAUUCACAAACCUGGUAAAGAAAUGGGCCAUGCUGAUGGCCUCAGCAGAUUACCUUUACAUGAAGUGGAGGCUGACCCCGCCCCUGCCAUCAACAUCCUUUCCAUUCAGACGCUGCCUGAGUCACCCUUAAAUGCCAGGGAUGUGGCUGCUGAAUCAGCCAUGGAUCUCACACUUUCUCGUGUCUUAUCCUGGGUUUUGUCUGGAUGGCCAGAGAGCUGUCCAGGUACUGAGUUUCAGAGUUUCUGGCUUAAGAAACAUGAAUUAUCCACAUUUCAGGGUUGUCUGCUGUGGGGCAGCAGAGUUGUCAUUCCUACCUCAAUGAGGUCUAGGGUCUUAGGUUCCCUUCACGAGGGUCAUCCUGGCAUUGUAAGAAUGAAGGCACUUGCACGCAGCCAUUUGUGGUGGCCUGGGUUAGACAAGGAAAUUGAGGCUAAGGUGCAUGCAUGCCACCUUUGUCAGCGCUCACGCCCAGAAAUGCCCCAGGCUCCUGUGCAUAGAUGGGAGGAAACACAGUCACCGUGGUCUAGGGUGCACAUUGAUUACGCUGGGCCCUUUCAGGGUCAAUUCUUCUUGGUCCUGGUUGAUAGAUAUUCAAAGUGGCUUGAGGUUGUACCUGUCUCUUCAACCACCACUGCAAAGACCAUUCAAGCACUGAGGGGGAUUUUUGCUACACAUGGGCUUCCGGAUGUUUUGGUGUCUAACAAUGGCCCUCAAUUCACCUCUUCCAACUUCCAAGCUUUCUUACAGGCCAACAUGAUUCGUCAUGCCACCUCUGCACCUUUCUACCCUUCCACCAACGGUAUGGCUGAACGGAUGGUCCGCAUCACCAAGGAUGCUUUAAAGAAACUGCGCAAACUGAUUACUAAACUUGACCAGUUGCAC